AUGCCCACGGCGCCAGUCCGCGUCCCCGGGCGCACGCCGGCGCGCGGCGGACCACACCGCUCGUCGUUUGGCGCCGCCGACGACAUCAGCCACCUGACCCUCACCGAGGUGCGCGAGCGGCUUGCGCGCAACGAGCGCGUCCUCCAGAGCGCCCUGUUCAGCACCUCGCCCAGCGCACCCACGUCUCCACUCAUCGUGGGCUCGCCCAACGGCGCCGGCUUUGGGUUCGGCGGCGGUGCGGCCACGUCUCCCGGCGGCGUCGGAAUCGGCAUUCCGGGAGCGUCGCGCCCGUCGGCACAGGGCCCCGCACCAGGCGCACCGGGUGGUGCUGGUGCUGCCAGUGUGGGCUUUGCGCCGGGCACAUCGCCCGUGACGGCCUACUAUGCGACGCGCGGCGCAGCAGAGGGCGACGACCCGGUCCGCGAACGGCUGCUCGCUGUGCGGCAGCAGCUGCGUGCGCGCGAGGCCGAGCUGCUCGCCGAGAGUCUGGGCGGGAUCAGUCUCGAGAACAGCUCGGCGGCGUUCGCGACCAGCCCGACGAGCAGGAGCGGCAAGGCGCGCGCACUGGACCAAAUCCAACGGACGGAGGCAGGCAAGACAAGGCCUGCUAUGAGUUUGCCAAUCUCCCAGACUCUUGCCCUCGGCGAACGCGACUUUGACAACCAGACCGCCGCACGCAUGGCCGGCCUGAACAUGUCCGCUUCAUCGUCCCAACCAAGACGGAUCGACGACGAGCUCGGCCGCGCCGCCGACGCAGCCGUCUACGCCCGCCUGCGCGUAGACGCCGACGACGACGACGUGUUCGACACCGACGAGCAGUAUGCCGCUGCCAGCGUGUUUGCGUCCAUGCGACACGACACGGGCAACGGCCUGCCUAUGGCGUCCAAGAAGGCACGGGAGCAAGAAGGGUUCGACAACGACAUGCUCGGAGAAGACGAGCCGGGAGACAGCAAUUUUGCAGAGGGGGACGACGAGUAUGACGGGGCCGGACAUGGCAGCAUGGAGUCUGGACCGAGCAUGGGCGGAGAGUUUGACGAGCAGAUGCACGACUAG